AUGACUGAACUCAACUCUAGCAACAACACUUCCUUGCUCAAAAUACCAACCAUCAAGUAUAACAAAUUGUUCAUCAAUGGAGAUUUUGUUGAUUCUAUAUCAGGAACAACAUUUGAGACAAUAGACCCAAGAGCAGGAGAGGUGAUUGCAAGAAUCAGUGAAGGAGCUAAAGAAGACAUUGACAUAGCAGUUAAAGCAGCGCGCGAGGCAUUCGACUCAGGUCCAUGGCCACGAAUGUCUGGCGUUGAAAGGGCAAAAAUAAUGAUGAAAUUUGCAGAACUAGUUGAUGAAAACACAGAAGAACUAGCAGCAUUAGAUGCAAUUGAUGCUGGAAAGUUAUACUAUAUUGCAAAGGUUAUAGAAAUUCCCUCUGCAGCAAAUACACUACGUUACUAUGCAGGUGCUGCAGAUAAAAUUCAUGGAGAGGUAUUGAAAUCUUCUGGCCAAUUCCAUGCUUACACAUUAAUGGAACCAAUUGGAGUUGUGGGACAUAUCAUUCCAUGGAAUGCUCCUAGUUCACUUUUCUUCACCAAAGUUAGUCCUGCUUUAGCUGCUGGUUGCACCAUGGUCCUCAAACCUGCUGAACAAACACCUCUCUCAGCUUUGUUUUAUGCUCAUCUAGCUAAGCUAGCUGGAAUCCCAAAUGGAGUGUUGAAUGUAGUACCUGGAUUUGGACCAACUGCUGGUGCUGCAAUUAGCUCACACAUGGACAUAGAUGUGGUUAGCUUUACUGGUUCGGUUGAAGUAGGCCGUGAAAUAAUGCAAGCUGCAGCUAAGAGUAAUUUAAAACAUGUUUCACUAGAACUAGGAGGCAAGUCACCUCUCAUUAUUUUCGAUGAUGCUGAUGUCGACAAAGCUGCUGAGCUUGCUCUUUUCGGUCUCCUAACUAACAAGGGAGAAGUUUGUGUCGCAAGCUCCCGUGUGUUUGUUCAGGAAGGGAUAUAUGAUCAAGUUGAGAAGAAGUUGGUGGAGAAAGCAAAAGCUUGGAUCGUUGGGGAUCCUUUUGAUCCUAAAACUCAACAAGGACCUCAGGCUGAUAGGAACCAAUUUGAAAAAAUUAUUUCCUAUAUUGAGCAUGGAAAGAAAGAAGGAGCUACACUCUUGACUGGAGGUAAAGCAGUGGGCAGCCAUGGCUACUACAUUGAACCUACAAUUUUCUCCGAUGUAAAGGAGGACAUGCUUAUAGCAAAGGAUGAAAUAUUUGGCCCUGUGAUGGCACUGAUGAAGUUUAAGACUAUUGAGGAAGCCAUUAAGAGUGCUAACAAUACCAGAUAUGGCCUAGCAGCAGGCAUUGUGACCAAGAAUUUGGAUAUUGCAAACACUGUGUCAAGGUCCAUUCGUGCAGGCGUUAUUUGGAUCAACUCUUAUUUAGCCUUGGGAAGUGACAUUCCUUUUGGAGGAUAUAAAAUGAGUGGAUUUGGAAGAGAUUUGGGAUUAGAAGCUCUUCACAAGUACUUACAAGUUAAAUCUGUUGUAACACCUAUUUACAACUCCCCUUGGCUUUGA